AUGAAGGUCUCCUUCCUUGCUGUGCUGGCUUUGAUCCUGUGUGCAGAUCAAGUGAAUUCCCUGUAUUGCUACACCUGUAACUGGGAACAAAACAACUGGAGCUGUCUGAAGGCCAAGAAGUGCUCGGACAAGGAUGAGUAUUGUGUGACCAACGUUGCCUCUGUAGGAAUUGGCUUUUUGUCUUUGUGGAAGAGGAUCACUAAGAAGUGCUCUGAGACUUGCCCAAAUCACAACUUCAGCCUGGGCCUGGCAUCCUACACCUCCCAUUGCUGCCAAACCUUCCUGUGCAACCUGAGUGCAUGCCCUGGACCCAGACUAGCUCGGCGGUGA